GGUUUUGAAAUUAGACGAUUCAACUGACCUAUUAUAACUUAAAUUUUGCAUUGGUAUCAUGUGACGUCACUUGCUAUGACGUGUAUCGGGAUUUAUACUGCACCAACCAUUGUGGAGGUGGAUGUGAUGUGACGUGAUGUAAAGUGUCAAAUUGCAAAAAACACAAAAAUUCUAGGUUAACUCUUGACUCUUGACUUGACUCUUGUACUUGUACUCUUGUAAAAAGUGAAUUAAUUACAUUUUAACUGUUUAUAUUAUAUUAUAUUACUUAUUUUGGAUUGUGUAUAAGUCAAGUGUAAGCAUAAAACUGAUAAUUAGUACAUAAAUAAAAUUUAAAAACAUGGAAGUAAAACAAGAAACUAGUGAAGAAACUUGUAAAAUAGAAAUAAUAGGUAAUGAUACAUGUGUUGGUCCUUUGGAUGUCUUCAAAAUAGAAAUUAAGGAAGAACGCAAGAGAGAAAGUCCUUACAACGCAUUAGCAUUUGAUUAUUCAGAAUUAAAUGAAGGUCCUAUACACAUUAAAGCAGAACAAGAUGAAUAUAAAUUUAAACCAUUUGAAGAAAAGCAAACAACAAAUGAAGAAAAUUGUCCCCAGGUGGAAAAUAAAACGAAAAUUGUGGAAACGUUACAUUCAUCUCCUGAAGGAAAAUGUACAGGUCAACAUGCAGAAGAAACAAUAUUAAAUAAAGUUAUGAAAGUUGGAACUGGGCAAAGAUCUUACAAGUGUGAAAUUUGUUUUAAGCAGUUUUCCCGAAUAAAUAUGUUGAAAACCCACUUGAGAACUCACACUGGAGAAAAACGUCAUAAGUGUGAAAUUUGUUUUAAGCAAUUUAACCAAGCAAUUAGUUUAAAAACACAUUUGAGAAUUCAUACUGAAGAAAAACCGUACACGUGUAAAACUUGUUUAAAGCAGUUUAUUAGUACAAGUGAUUUGAAAAGACAUUUGAGAGUGCACACUGGAGAAAAACAGCACAAGUGUGAAAUAUGUUUUAAACAGUUUAGCCAAGCAGCUAAUUUGAAAACACAUUUAAGAUUACACACUGAAGAAAAAAAGUAUAAGUGUGAAAUUUGUUUCAAACAGUUUAGUCAAGCAGGUAAUUUAAAAACACAUUUAAGAUUACACACUGGAGAAAAACCUCACAAAUGUAAAAUUUGUUUUAUGCAGUUUACUACUAUAAGCCAGUUGAAACCCCACUUGAGAAUUCAUACUGGAGAAAAACCUCACAAGUGUGAAAUUUGUUCUAUGCAGUUUACUAUAGCGGGAAAUUUAACAAAGCAUUUAAGAUUGCACAGUGGAGAAAAACCUCACAAGUGUGAAAUUUGUUUUAAGCAGUUUAGUGUAGCAGAUAGUUUAAAAAAACAUUUAAACAUGCACACUGGCGAAAAACCAUACCAGUGUGAAAUUUGUUUAAAACAAUUUUCUCGAAUGGAGUAUUUGAAAUCUCAUUUGAGAAUACAUACUGGAGAAAAACCAUACAAAUGUAAAAUUUGUUUUAAACAGUUUAGUCAAGCAAGUAAUUUAAAAACACAUUUAAGAUUACACACUGGAGAAAAACCUCACAAGUGUGAAAUUUGUUGUGAGCAAUUUAAUAGUGCACAUAAUUUAAAAACACAUUUGAGAGUGCACACUGGAGAAAAACCAUACAAGUGUGAAAUUUGUUUUAAGCAGUUUACUCAGGAAUAUCAUUUGAAAACACAUUUGAGAGCGCACACUGGAGAAAAACAGUACAAGUGUGAAAUUUGUUUUAAACAGUUCAGUCAAGCAGAUAAUUUGAAAACGCAUAUAAGAUUACACACAGGAGAAAAACCUCACCAGUGUGAAAUUUGUUUUAAGCAGUUUAGUGAAGCAAGUAAUUUGAAAACGCAUUUAAGAUUACACACUGGAGAAAAACCUCACAAGUGUCAAAUUUGUUUUAAGCAGUUUUCUCGAACGGAUAUUUUGAAAAGUCAUUUGAGUGUACACACUGGAGAAAAACAGUUCAAGUGUGAAAUUUGUUUUAAACAGUUUAGUGUUGCAUGUAAUUUGAAAACACAUUUGAGAGUGCACACUGGAGAAAAACAGUACAAGUGUGAAAUGUGUUUUAAACUGUUUAGUCAAGCAAGUAGUUUAAAAACACAUUUAAGAUUACACACUGGAGAAAAACCUCAUAAGUGUGAAAUUUGUUUUAAACAGUUUAGUGGAGCAGGUAAUUUGAAAAGACAUUUAAGAUUACACACUGGAGAAAAACCGCAUAAGUGUGAAAUUUGUUUUAAACAGUUUAGUGAUGCAUCUAAUUUAAAAACACAUUUGAGAGUGCACACUGGAGAAAAACAGUACAAGUGUGAAAUUUGUUUGAAGCAGUUUAGUGUAGCAGAUAGUUUAAAAAGACAUUUAAACAUGCACACUGGCGAAAAACCAUACCAGUGUGAAAUUUGUUUGAAACAAUUUUCUCGAAUGGAGUAUUUGAAAUCUCAUUUGAGAAUACAUACUGGAGAAAAACCAUACAAAUGUAAAAUUUGUUUUAAACAGUUUAGUCAAGCAAGUCAUUUAAAAACACAUUUACACACUGGAGAAAAACCUCACAAGUGUGAAAUUUGUUGGGAGCAAUUUAAUAGUGCACAUGAUUUAAAAACACAUUUGAGAGUGCACACUGGAGAAAAACCAUACAAGUGUGAAAUUUGUUUUAAGCAGUUUACUCAGGAAUAUCAUUUGAAAACACAUUUGAGAGCGCACACUGGAGAAAAACAGUACAAGUGUGAAAUUUGUUUUAAGCAGUUUAGUGUUGCAUGUAAUUUGAAAACACAUUUGAGAGUGCACACUGGAGAAAAACAGUACAAGUGUGAAAUGUGUUUUAAACAGUUUAGUCAAGCAAGUAAUUUAAAAACACAUUUAAGAUUACACACUGGAGAAAAACCUCAUAAGUGUGAAAUUUGUUUUAAACAGUUUAGUGGAGCAGGUAAUUUGAAAAGACAUUUAAGAUUACACACUGGAGAAAAACCUCAUAAGUGUGAAAUUUGUUUUAAACAGUUCGGUCAAGCAGGUAAUUUGAAAACUCAUUUGAGAGUGCACACUGGAGAAAAACCUUAUAAGUUAGGUGCUUAGAAGCAAAACGCAAUAAAUCCACUUUUUGUCGAAAAUGAGAUAUUGAGCUUAAUUAGUUCCUCAGAGUCCAUUCUAUAGGCACAUCACUUUAUUUACCGUCAAAACUAAUUAAUUCCAAUACAUUUCAAUCGACUCACAAGUUAUUUUGGAAACAAAACACAUAAAGUCCCGCCCGCUUAAAGACCAAAACAGGUAAAGUCCACCGCAACGAUUCGAA